ACGAAUCGUGCAAAUGUCCGCCAUGUUUUGAAAUCUCUUGCCAGGGUUUUGUAUUGUUAUUGUUAGAUUAGUUGGUUAAAAUUUAAGAAUUAGGCAAGUAUGGUAGCUCACGAUAUAGAAAAGAAAGAAAGGACCGAAGAUAUAGCGAUAGAAGAUGGUGUUACGUUUUCUACUAUGUUGUUACCGGAUUUCAUUUUAAAAGGACUUAAUUCAGCCGGUUUCAAAAAGCCAUCACCAAUUCAACUUGCUGCGAUUCCUUUAGCAAGAUGUGGCUUGGAUCUCAUUGUACAGGCUAAGUCAGGCACUGGUAAAACUCUGGUAUUUGCCAUUACUGCUUUGGAAUCUAUCAGUUUAAACAUUAAUAGAGUUCAGGUCAUUAUUGUAGCUCCUACAAGAGAGAUAGCUUUGCAAAUAACUGAUGUCAUAAAUUGUAUUGGAAGCUCUUUGAAAGGUUUGAAGGUUGGUACAUUUGUUGGUGGGCGAUCUACAAAUAGUGAUAAACCUGUAAUGAAGGGAUGCCAUAUUGCUGUCGGCUCGCCAGGUAGAAUAAGGCACCUGAUUGAACUAAAGAUUCUGGAUUCAAAAGCAGUUAGGUUAUUUGUGCUUGAUGAAGCUGAUAAACUGUUUGAAAAAGACUAUGAUUAUCAACAUGAUUUGAACUUCAUUUUUAACAACUGUGGAGAAAGUAAGCAGGUCCUUGCCCUAAGUGCCACAUACCCUCCUGAGUUAUUGGAAUUCACAAAAAAAUAUAUGAGAGAUGGUCAGCAUGUUACUCCAAGUGGUGGACCGACCCCAGUACUUCUAGGCCUUAAGCAAAUGUUGUUGAUUUCUCGUGAUCAUCCUGACUUCGCUGCAAGAAUGGCUAUUAAAGAAAAAGAUUUGAUAAACAUCCUUGAAACUGUAUCUUUUGAUCAGUGUUGUGUUUUUAUGAACUAUGCCACUAGGGCAGAGAGUAUCAACAAUUUACUAAAAAAGAAAGGUUUUGCAUCUAAAUGUCUUACUGGAAAACAGGAUAUGGAUACAAGAAUAGAAGCUAUUACUACUUUCAAAUCUGGUGGGUGUAGAAUCCUUGUUACCACAGACUUAGCAGCAAGAGGGAUUGAUGCUUCUUGCAUUAAUUUGGUGGUCAACGUAGAUCUUCCCUGGGAUGCUGCCACUUACCUGCAUAGAAUGGGACGUGCUGGCAGAUAUGGUUCUCAUGGAAUCUGUAUUUCAAUUAUAUCAGAUGGCAUUGAGUUGGAAAAGUUCAGGAAGCUUCUAGGCAUGAUUGGUGGUAAAUCAAUGCAUGUGAAUGUUAUUCCUCGAUUAGGCAAAGUCGAUCUUUGGACCGAAGAUGUUAGUAAUUUUGAUAAGAUUCAAGGCAUUAUUGAAUCCUCUAGUGAAGAAGAGACCUUGGAAGAGAAAUUGAAAAACAAUUUCCAGACGGCAAAAGAAUAUAUUCAAAACAGGGACGUUGAAAGUAUUUAUCUUUUUGAACAAGAACAAAGCAGUGAAGUUGCUACAAGUGGCAGUAUUAGUAAGGAAGUCACUCAGACUAUUUCCUUAAAAGAAUUAGAGGAUGAACUGCAAAAUUAUCUUGUCGAAUCUGCUCAACAUAAACAACAAAAAGAGGUUCAGCAGAAAAUAUCAACACCGAGAAAAUCUACUCCAAAAAAAGUGCCUACUUAUUCAGAAAUUUUGACAAAUUCCCGAGGAAAGAAUUUUCCAGCAAAAAAAUCUCUUCCAGGUGUAGUUAGUGGUAAGUUUAUUGCUAAAGCCAUUAAUAAAUUUGAGAAAGUUGUUGAGAAUAAAGAGAAAAUUGUCAGUGAUUCACUAUCCAUAGUAACUGAGGAAGAUGUUCCAGAUAAUGCUGAGAAAGUUAGUGAUAAGUUAACAAAUAGUGUGAAUGACCAUGAUAUUUAUUCAAAACAUAAGUGUAACCCAAAGUGUAAAGAUGACGGUGGUGGCUGUACAGGUUCCACUACUGAAAGAGCUGUUGUUAAAGAACCAACAAAGGUUGAUGUGGAUUCAGACAUGCCACCUACUAGUGAUACCAGUAAAAAAAGUACUGAUGAUACAUACACUAAAAGGAAACGUUCUGUCAGUUGUUCCAGUUCCUCUGAUUCAGAUGAAUUUGAUAGCUAUACUUAUACGAUUGAUUCUAACGAGGAUUAUGAAACCAUUGAAGAAGUGACCUCACUAUCUGGAAUUGAUUUGAAUUCCAAUCCUGAUGAUUUUGAAUCUCUGUCCAAUAUAUCAUCUUUAGAAGAGGAGAGUGAAGUUGAUUAUCCAUCAGAAAUAUUUCGUGUUUUGGAAUGUGAAUCUGCGGAAUCUCAACAAGCUCCUCCUACCGAUUGGUUUGUUGUUAUUUGUAAUGAAAUUCAAAAUUAUGUUGUUUAUGCUAGGCAGUUUACGAAUCCCAAUUCUAGUUGCCAUGUUAGAAACACGGGUUAAAUAACCACAUAUUUCUAGUUACCCGCUAUUUUAAAUUAUAAAUUUUAAGACUGAAUUGUUAUUACGCUUGUAAUAUUCUGUAAAUUGCUGGUUUUUUAAAAAAUGUUAUGCUUAUGUUGUGUUAUUGUAUCUAUAUUGUUGUUUUUGAUAACAUUAAUCUUUUGCAACAUAUUUGUAUUUUUGUUUUAUAAUUGUAAUUAUACUUGUGUGAUAUAUAUUACCAAAUUUUUCGAUUAAUGUUUAUACAAAUACAGUCUGUAAACCAA